CGCUCAUGUCAGCUGUUGGAUUAGCGGUGACGUCACUACCCCACCACGAUAAACCAAUCAGACUCGCUCUUCCUGGUGCUCGAUUUGUCCUUCAUUCCUCAACAUAAAAAUUCCGUCGUUAUUUGUUUCUAUUUAUUUUGCGCUUGUGUGAAGUUUUCAUCUUAGGGGUUUAACAGGGUUUUUCGUGCUUUUGAGACCUUCAGUCGCUAGUGAAGGAUGUGAUAUCGCGUGUUUUGUAAGGGUGAAAACCUGUGAUUUGCGCGAUGGAAACGCCACUCGACGUGCUCUCCCGAGCUGCGAGUCUCGUGAAGAAUGAGCAAAAGUCAGAUUUCGAAUCAGACGAGAGUUCUUCCUUGCGUACGCCUGAAAUUAGACGAAAGCGUGAAAGAAGAGAAAAAGAACUGAGUUUUGCCGAACUGAGCAGAAACCCCGUGCGAACGGCCGGAACCCAAACGUCACCUCUAAGCCCAGUCCCAAAGGCACGUGUAGACGCAGGACCACCCCCUCUUGUGUCAAUCAAGCAAGAAGACAUGGACCACAUGCAGUCAGUAUCCAUGUCACCUCAUAACCGCCCAUCCGUCAUCACGUCAACCAAAGUCAUACAACACCCUGUUGGCUAUCUACCUACUCAAAUGUAUACUUCUCAUCGGACCUCUCCUCCUGGAGGGAUCCAUCGUAGGGAGGUUGUGGAAUCUGCAGGGGUUGAUCCAUUUGUAGAAGAACACUUUCGAAGAAGUCUUGGAGAAGAUUAUAUUCAUGUUAGUCCUAUACAUAAAACAGUUGCAGGAUCAGUAGAUGAACACUUUGCAAAAGCCCUAGGAGAAACUUGGAGUCAAAUCAAUACUGGAGUCCACACACAGAAGAAAAGUAACAGUCCCUCGGCACAACGUAUGCAGUCAUUGGUUUCUCCUGCAAACUAAUUAAGAGGGCAGCAAAAGACAAAACUCACGGCCCACAUACAUAAUUUCAGAAUAUAUACACAAGAUAUAUUCAGAACAGUAAGAAUUUGAGGACUAAAGUUUUUAUUUCCACUGUGGUAUGGUAUGUUUACCGCGAUCAAAUAAGAACAAAAUCAUCAUUGCAUUUUUGAGGAAAGAAUAAUGAAAACUCAUUCUGAGACAUUCUUACCCAUCAAGACAUUUCAUUUUGUACUAUGUACAUUUAUUAUUUUGAAGGCCUAUAUUACAGGGCUUAUAUAUUAGUUUAGCUAUUGCUGGUUGCACACACUUAUCUUUGAUUCUCUAAAAAGUGAUUUAGGUUUGUACAAUUGGUUAGCCUUAAAGGCAGAGAAGAUAGGUAGAAUUACAUAGUAAAAGUUGUUUUGAUUUUGUUAUUGUAAAAAAGUAUUCACAUCUGGGAAGAUGGCUACAAAUAACAAUCAAUAACAUUUGUACUUAAACAAUAAUCGAGAGUGCUUUGUAGCUUAUAUAGUCCAUGAUAGGGACCUUAAGAUUUACUCCAAAGACAGCUAGGACAAUGAUAUUGAAGCAAAUGUGUUUGCACGUUCAAUACUAAACAAGGGCUAGAAACAGAUGAAAAUACUGUAAACUAAGGACGACAUUAUUCUACAAUGGUAAUCAUUCGCUGUCAAUGUUGGAGUUUUCACAUCGUGGUUUGGUGGAAUACAGCUGAAAUAUAUCAGCCAAAACACAUUUCUACAUGCUUCUAUUGAAUAUGCAAUCCAAUUCUAUCAUUUACUAUUGUCUAAAGCUAGCAUUUAUUCCAAAUACCACUAUGUUUUUAUGUUGUGUCUUGUUGAUGUUGUUAGUUUGUCUGCAAAAAUUCACUAACCACACUAAUUAAAUCUAGGACUGGCAUUUUAUUAGCCUAGAGCUAUUUAUUAUUGAUAUAUGUACAAAGAAUUCAGCAAAGAAUCGUAUUAAAACAGAUGUUGGUGUGCA